GGCACACACUACACUAGAGACUCUAAGUCAGAAAAUUCUCUUUGUGCGGAGCUAGCUCUAGGCAUUACCAAUGACAUCAUCCAAGCAUGCCUUCGGUUCCUACGGCAUCAUGGCCUUGCUCUUCUUCUCCGCGGCUCUUGUUUCAGCGGAUCUUUCGGCUGAAUUCUACGACGAAACCUGCCCCGACGCUCUGGACAUCAUCGAGGACGCCGUGAGAGCCGCCGUCUCCAAAGAAUCCCGCAUGGGGGCGUCGCUGCUCCGCCUCCAUUUCCACGACUGCUUCGUCAAUGGCUGUGACGGUUCGGUGCUGCUCGAUGGCGCCACCGGCGAGAAGAAUGCGGUGCCAAACAAGAACUCACUUCGCGGCUUCGAGCUGGUCGACGACAUCAAGGCGCAGCUCGAGAAAGCAUGCGCCAAGGUGGUGUCCUGCGCCGACAUCCUCGCCGUCGCCGCCCGUGACUCCGUUGUCGCUCUGGGCGGGCCUACCUGGGACGUGGAGCUAGGCAGAAGGGACGGGACGACGACGAGCCAGGACGCCGCGAACAGCGACCUCCCGGCGCCGACCUCCGACCUCGGCGCGCUGACCAAGGCAUUCUCGACCAAGGGCCUCACCCAGAAGGACAUGGUGGCGCUCUCCGGCGCGCACACCAUCGGCCAGGCCCGGUGCGUCAACUUCCGCGGCCGCCUGUACAACGAGACCGCGCCCAGCCUGGACGUUACGCUCGCCUCGUCGCUGAUGCCGAGGUGCCCAGCGACCGACGGCAGCGGCGACGACAACAACUCGCCGCUGGACCCCUCCACGUCCUACGUGUUCGACAACUACUACUACAAGAACCUGCUGCGGAACAAGGGCCUGCUGCACUCGGACCAGCAGCUGUUCACCGGCGGCGGCUCCGCCGACGCGCAGACCACCGCGUACGCGUCCGGCAUGGGCGCUGGCUUCUUCGAUGACUUCCGUGACGCCAUGGUGAAGAUGGGCGGCAUCGGCGUGCUCACCGGGUCCAGUGGGCAGGUCAGGCUGAACUGCAGGAAGGCCAACUGAAGCGGACUAAACUGUAUGUGUGCCAGACUUCUCAGUACGGGUGAUCAGUGUGUAGCCUUGUUGUGUGUGUGAUGAACUGAUGAUGUGUAGUCAGCUGCUUCAAACGGUUGCAGUACUGCUUGCAACGAAUAAUAAUAGUAAGAUCAGAUGAACCUGCUUAAAUGGAUGCAUGUUCUUUGAUUUUGUGCAGUACAUGUAAGUUUGAUGAUCAGAACUUUAAUUUUCUUUGAGAGAAACCCGUUCUUUAAAUCAAAGUGUUCUGAGAAACACGCGUGGUUACCGCAGCGACUAUUUGUCACUUUAAGCGACGCGAGAGGGGAACUUUUCUCAAGGCAGUUCGAUCGGUGCUACUAGCCACUCCGUCCAGGCCCCUUACGCUUUUUGGAAAAAGGAUGAAUUUUAUUAGCUUAAAAUGAAGCAUCAAAAGAAUAUAAACAUGAUGAGCAUACACCCGCCUCUGCAUAGCUAGGAUGCACACACCCAACACCAACACACACAAAACACGCGUGUAAAUAGCAAAGUCAUAUAAGACCAAAGCU